AUGGCUCCCUAUGAGAUGUUGUAUAGUAGGAAGUGCAGAUCUCCAAUUCACUGGGAUAAAACUAGAGAAAGAAAAUAUUUAGGUCUAGAAUCAAUGCAAUGGACCAAUGAGGCUAUAGAAAAGAUCAAGGCCAGAAUACUUGCCUCUCAGAGUAGGCAAAAGAGUUAUGCAGAUUUGAAGCAUAGAAAUGUAGAAUUUCAAGUAGGAGAUCAUGUAUUCCUACGAGUGUCUCCAAUGAAGGGGAUUAAAUGUUUUGGGAAAAAGGGCAAGUUAUGCCUUAGGUUUACAGGGCAACUCGAGAUUCUCGAAAAGGUUGGAUUGGUAGCUUAUCGUAUAGCCAUGCCUCGAGCACUUUUAGCAGUCCAUAACGUAUUUCAUGUCCCUAUGUUACGGAAAUACGUUUUGGAUCCUAUUCAUGUGCUGAGUUAUGAAAACUUAGAACUUCACCCAGUUUUAUCACACGAAGAAAACCAGUUCAAAUUUUUAAUAGAAAAGAUAAAGUUCUCAAAAUAA